UGGUUAGAGUAGAGUACGUUCGAUUAUGAAUACCAGGGCCACUCUCCAGCACGUCAUUGAUGACUUCUAACUUCACAUCGUCUGUCCCAGACAGUUUUCAGAUUGGAUAACAUCGGGGCGAACAUGGAUUACUUCAGCAACCAAAAGUACAAAAUUGUGUAGAAAAAGUGUGAACAUUGUAUCAGCUCGAUUUAGGUAGUGCAGGCUUGACACUUAUACAAUUGCCUUUGAUGAGAAAAGUUUAGAUUUAACUCACUUUCGUGCGUCAUGAUUUCCAAACACAGCCAUCGAUAGACUGCGAAAAGAGGGGGAACAAAAGUUUUCGGACAAAAGAGUUAGAGAUUACAAUUAGUUCAGAUGAAUUUCGGCGUUCCUGCAAACUCUUUGCUACUAUUCCGUGCCUGCGAUGAAGGAGAUUACGAGACUGCCCGUGGGGUUCUGGAGCCGGGAACGAAGGAGUCGGGGCGGCAGAGCAGGCUGCGGUCAGAAGUGGGAUCCGAGUGCAAUGUUGUGGACGUCACCCGCGGUAUCUCCCUUGUGCCCGUGGAUAGCACCGACGAACAGAGCAACACAGCGCUUCAGUUCGCCUCCGCGAGCGGACACGAGAACCUGGUUCGGUUUCUUCUCAGGAAGGGGGCUUCGGUAGACAGUCGGAACAACUAUGGCUGGACCCCGCUUAUGCAGGCUGCGAGGUUUGGUCACCUGAGCGUUGCCCACAUCCUGUUAGAGAACGGUGCAGAGGUAAACGGCAGAAACCGCCUCGGCGCCAGCGUUCUGUCCAUGGCGGCCCGCGGAGGCCACACCCACGUGGCCAAGCUCCUCCUCGAGGGUGGAGCCUAUGUUGAUGACUAUGACCACCUGGCCAUGGUCGAUGAUGUCUCCAAUGGCAACAACAACAACAGCUGCAGUGGCGACGGGUUUGUGGCGAGCGAGGGGUGUGGUCUGGAAGGGGGCAUCGGUGGGGGAGGGGGGCGAGAGUUCAUGGACGUCACAGCGCUCCUAGUGGCCUCACUGCAGGGACAGGAGCCGAUGGUCCGUCUGCUGAUGGAGUGGGGGUCGGAGGUCAACUUUUCCCAGAAGACCACGGGCUGGGGAGCCCUUAUGCUAGCCACGCUCAGCGGGAAGGUGAGCGUGGCCCAGCAGUUGGUUGAGCGAGGGGCAGACCCAGACCAGAUCAAUGUCCUAUCAAAGACGGCGUUUGAGCUAGCGCUGCAACUGAAACAGAAAGAGGUGAAGAACUAUCUGGACUCCAUCACCACCGUACGACCCCAAACUGAUGAUGAGAAGAGACGUCCUGAUGUGUUCAGUGCUCUGAAGCUGGGUAACUCCCAGCUGGUGAAAGAAAUCCUAGAGGAGGACCCCACCCAGGUGAAUAUAGCCAAUCAGGAUGGAGCAUCUCCUCUGAUGAUGGCAUCCGUAAGCGGCCAAUUAGAGGUGGUCCAGCUGCUAGUGGAGAAGAACGCUGACAUAGACAAACAAGAUGGGGUCCAUGGCUGGACGGCCCUGAUGCAAGCCACAUACCAUGGGAACAAGGAUGUGGUGAAGUACCUUCUGAGCCAGAAAGCAGACGUCAACCUGAAAGCCAAGAACGGAUACACAGCCUUCGACCUGGUCAUGCUGCUCAACGACCCAGACACAGAGCUGGUGCGCCUGCUUGCCUCGGUGUGUAUGCUGGUGGACAAGGACAAGGCUAAGGCCAAAGGACGACCACGCCUCACACGCUCCCAGAGCCGCCAUUCCCUCAGCACCCUCCCACUGCCCCCAGACGACAGGGGGGGACUCAAGUCCUGGUGGAACAGGAUGUCCAACAGGUUCCGCCGUUUGAAACUGACCCAUACACUGAGGCACGGCUUCUCGUCCAAUCGACUUGCUCCAUUCCCUGACGCAGAUGCUUCGCUGGAUGCCACCAUGAAGGCAGACAGGAAGUCAGACAGGAAGUGUGUUGUUUCUAACGGAACAGCGAUGGCACCUACUGCUGCCGUGGGGGGCAACGACAUCAGCACAGCCUGGACGGCCAAAAGCAAGGAUAGCGGUCUGGGCAGAACGGCCUCUGAAAAGAAUGACACUCUCAUUUUCACCAUGUUAAGAAGCGGGGCCCCCCUGACUCGGCUGCCCAAUGACAAGCUGAAGGCGGUGAUCCCCCCCUUCCUGCCCCCCUCCAACUUCGAGCCCUGGAACUCAGACCGCUCGCGGGUCCUGAAGGGGGGCAGGAGCGAUGCCUCUCGUCUCAGCAUGCCGGCCAGGCCCGGCAAGGCCCCCUUCAACAGCGGCGGCAGCUCCGACAUAACCUCCAUCAGCCGUGUGGUGAACAGGUCCAUCAAGUUCCCCAGCAUCUCCAAAGGCCCGUCCUCCUCCUCCCCCUCCAACUCUGGCCACUACCACUCCCCUCACUCCUCAGGGGGCUCCAACGGGCUGGCGGGGGUCAACCGCCAUGGGUCUGACUCACACAACCGCUCAGGGGGGAGUGCAGACAGCGUACUCUCUCAGAUUGCUGCCCAGAGGAAGAGAGCAGCUGGAUUGUUGGAUCCAAAGACCCAGACAUCGGAAAUGACUAGCCAGGCCCAGGCUCCAGUUCCAGGCCCCAGCAUGGCUGAGCUCAGCCUGCCUGAUGUCCACAGCACCCCCAGCCUGGUGGCCAAUGACGUCCACUCUAGACGAAAGAUGGAUCUGAAGAAGAGGCCUCAAUCUGGGAAUUCCUCCACAUCUAAGAGCACCUCCCCCACCCUCACUCCCUCUCCAUCCCCCACCCCCAAACCCCCGGUGGGAGACUCCCUCUCCUCCGCCUCCUCCCACCCUCGCUCCAAGAGCAGUGGAGGCUCCAGCAGCGGCACCAUCACUGAUGAAGAUGAGCUGUCCAGCAUUCUGAAGAAACUCUCUCUGGAAAAGUACCAGCCCAUAUUUGAGGAACAGGAGGUGGACAUGGAGGCCUUCCUGACCCUGACCGAUGGGGACCUGAAGGAGCUGGGCAUCAAGACUGAUGGCCCCCGGCAGCAGAUAUUGGCAGCCAUCUCUGAACUCAACGCUGGCAAGGGCAGAGAGAGGCAGAUCCUACAGGAGACUAUCCAUAACUUCCAGUCCUCAUUUGGUAGCAGUGCCAGCAACCCCAGACCUCCUGGACAUCCACGCUCUCCUACUGGCUGGGUCAGACACCAGGUCAGAUCCUCCAACAAAAGGUAGCGGCAACACUCUCAGCUAUACUGUUGGUCAACCAAUCACAGACCCGGACCCUGAAGGUCAGAGGUCUCUUUCGGGGCCAGGGGCUGAACCUCGCCCCAUGCCCCUCCUGGACGCAAGUGCCCCAGAGCACCCCUAGUGGUGUGGGAGGACACUGCAGCAGAGGACAGACAGAUAUGCGUGGCCAUCUUUGUUCAGAUGGAGGGAUGGAGAGAGGAGGGAUAUGAGAUGGUGGGAACAGAGAAUUGGAGAUGAGACAGGUGAAGGAAGACUGAGAAGGGGAAAAGCAAGAUGGUGAGAGUGAAGAAGAGAAGUAGACC